AUGUGUAUGAAGGCUACUUGCUCGUCUUGUCACAAGGCCACCUGGUGGGGCUGUGGCAACCACAUUCCUUCCGUCAUGGACUCCAUUCCCACCGGUGACUGGUGUACCUGCACACCCCAGGUCGAGAAGGAUGGAAAGAACUAUCCUCCUAAGGCUGCUAAGGCCGCUUGA